AUGAGUGUCACCACACAACAGCCAGCGGUGGUGCCUCUCCCAUCAUCCCCAAGACUACCAAUAGAAUCACAUGCUGGUCCCCGAAGCACACAGUUACCACCAUCUCCGCCAGAGACCGUCAACGGCGAUGACCCUAAGUCUAUUACCUCUACGCCAGCCGAGCCUGACUUCCCUUUGCCUCCACCAGCAAAUCCCAAGCCGCAGGUCCUAGACAUCGAUAAACCAACACCAGAUGCACAUGUCCCAAGAGAUCCACGACUCAUCCGCCUGACCGGGGUCCAUCCAUUUAACACAGAACCACCGCUCACCGACCUGUACAACGAGGGCUUUCUCACCAGCCCGGAACUAUUCUACGUUCGAAACCAUGGGGCUGUCCCUGAGGUCCAAGAUGAGGAAUGCUUGGACUGGGAAUUUUCGAUCGAAGGGAUGGUUGCAAACCCGCUCAAAAUCACCUUGCGACAAUUACUAGAGGAGUAUGAGAAUGUGACAUAUCCCGUCACCCUUGUCUGUGCAGGUAACAGGCGAAAGGAACAAAAUGUAGUACGAAAGAGCAAGGGUUUCUCGUGGGGUGCGGCUGGUGUAUCAACAGCACUCUUUACUGGCGUCGUUAUGAAGGAUGUUAUAGAACGAGCGAAGCCGCUAAGGAAAGCAAAGUAUGUGUGUAUGGAAGGCGCUGACAAGCUGCCCAAUGGAUACUAUGGCACAUCUGUGAAGUUGAACUGGGUCAUGGAUCCAAAUCGUGGCAUCAUGCUCGCACACAAGAUGAAUGGUGAAAAUUUGAGUUUAGAUCACGGAAAGCCAUUGAGAGCCGUGGUCCCCGGACAGAUUGGGGGUCGAAGCGUCAAGUGGCUGAAAAAGCUGAUCGUCACGGCUGAACCGAGUGACAAUUGGUAUCAUAUUUACGAUAACCGGGUCUUGCCUACAAUGGUCGACCCUGAUGAAGCUGCAAAGAACCCAAAGUGGUGGAUGGACGAAAGAUAUGCAAUCUACGACCUCAGUCCCAACUCAGCAAUUGCGUUCCCAGCACAUGAAGAGAAGGUCGUGCUUGCAUCAGCAGAAAAUUCAUAUAACGUCCGAGGAUACGCCUACAGUGGUGGUGGUCGCCGCAUCACGAGAUGCGAAGUAUCAUUGAACAAAGGCAAAAACUGGCGAUUAGCCAACAUCGAUUACGCAGAAGAUAAAUAUCGAGACUUCGAAGGCCGCGAAUUGUUCGGUGCGCGUUUGGAUAUGGACUGGCGUGAGACUAGCUUCUGCUGGUGUUUCUGGAACCUCGAUAUAGCAACGGCAGAGCUGAGGGAUGCAAAUGACAUUCUUGUCAGAGCAAUGGAUGAGGCCAUGUGUAUACAGCCGCGUGAUAUGUACUGGAGUGUACUCGGCAUGAUGAACAACCCAUGGUACCGGAUAACGAUACACCACGAGGGCGAUGUCCUGCGUUUCGAGCAUCCAACACAACCAGCGUUGAUACCUGGUGGCUGGAUGGAACGCGUUAAGAAGGCUGGCGGCAAUCUGACCAAUGGGCAAUGGGGUGAGCAGAUUGAGGGUCAAGAGCUUGAAAAUACUGCCGUUGAAGAAGUCAAAGAGAUCAAGAUGACGAAAGACGGUGUAAACAGGAUUGUUGAGCUCGAUGAAUUAAAAUGGCAUGAAAGUGCGGAAUAUCCUUGGUUUGUGGUCAACGACGAAGUGUACGAUGGCACUUCCUUCCUCGAGGGACACCCAGGCGGUGCACAAAGCAUCAUCAGCGCAGCCGGUCUCGAUGCUUCAGAUGAAUUCAUGGCCAUCCAUAGCGAAACCGCAAAAGCAAUGAUGCCAGCUUACCACAUCGGCACCCUCUCCCCUACUGCCUCCAAACAACUUUCCUUGGAGGAACCAACCUCGAAGCAAGCAUCCUCAUCCAGUCUUCGCCCGACCUUUCUAGAUUCACGCACCUGGUCCAAAGCGCUACUUUCUUCCAAGACAAAAGUCUCAUGGGAUACUAGAAUCUUCCGCUUCAAGCUGGAUCACGCUUCGCAGACGCUCGGUCUGCCAACAGGCCAGCAUUUGAUGAUUCGGUUGCGCGACCCGGUAACACGCGAGGCUAUUAUUCGCUCUUAUACCCCGAUUUCUCAGAUAAGCGAGCAGGGGUUCUGCGAUGUGUUGAUCAAGAUUUAUGCGGACGCGCCUGGGCGGGAGGGCGGAAAGAUGACCAAGGCACUGGACAGCAUUCCCUGUGGGCAUUGGGUGGACAUGAAGGGCCCGAUUGGCAAAUUUGAAUACCUAGGCAAGGGCGUGUGCUCUAUCAAUGGGAACGAGAGAAGGGUGAGGAGUAUGAAGAUGAUUUGCGGUGGCAGUGGCAUAACGCCCAUUUACCAGGUCUUGCGCGCCAUUCUGCAGGAUUCGGCCGAUAGCACGCACUGCACUGUUCUGAAUGGAAACAGGCUGGAGGAGGAUAUUCUGUGUAGAGAGGAUCUCGAUCGGUUCGCAGAGGAGAAUGGAGAGAGGUGUACGCUGGUUCAUACACUUACGCAAGCGGCAGAAGGAUGGACGGGGCGAAGGGGGAGAAUUGGAGAGGAAUUGUUGAAGGAGUUUUGUGGGACAGAGGAGGACGGGUUGGUGUUGGUUUGUGGGCCGGAGGCGUUGGAGAGAAGUGUCAAGGGAUUACUUGCGGGGAUGGGGUGGAGGGAUGACGAUGUGAUUUUCUUCUGA